AUGUCUACUAACGUGUCGCCUCACCCAACCUCUGGAGGGGAGGAUGACAAGGCUGGGGUCGAUACAAGCGACAUAGCCGAGGCAUCAUUGGACGAGGUGGGCGAAUCACAACCGUCUGCAGAUGCAGACGUAGUCUCCGAUAAUGAGAAGCUACAGAAGCCGAAUGUAUCGUCGAAGGAUCAGAAAUACUACAUCAGAAGAGAAGGCGAUGAUCUGAUCAUCGCAGUCUGCAGCAUCAACGAAGACCAAGACAUGCCCAUAGAUGAAGCGGCCACAGGAAACGGGCUGAGCCCUCUUGAGUCCGAUCUCUUGGAUACCAGCUCUCUAGGUCUGCGAGACCCCAGAGUUCUCACGCUGUCUCACUACCUCGGCGAUUCCUUUGAGAUACCCUGGACAUUGUGUUCUAAGUGGGCUUGGAUGAAAGAGAUCAUCAAGCUAACGUACAGGUUUGACGAAGAUGCAAAGAAAAGUGUAGAUGAAGGCGCAUUCACACUUCACCAAGCGCAGGUGAGAGGAUUGACGUUCCUGCCUGAGCAUUGGAACUUGAUCGUUAGACCGUGGCAAAAUGUGGAAAUUAGACUAGACUCACAGGAAGGCGAAGACUACGAUUCCUUCAUUGAGCGUGGCCAUUUUGGUCUAGCAGAUCGUCCUGGGAUAGUAGCUGCGUCUGACCAAUUGACGGCUGGUGCUGAGCCUACAGCAGUACCGACGAAAUACCGGAUUGAUUUCUAUUUUAAAUCGGAAUACCAACCAAACGCGACCUUCCUUCAUAGCAAAAGCUGGGACACACCCGUAGUGAUUCGGAGUACGAACCCAAACGGCGAUUCUGACCACGCACUUGAGGAAAUUCAUCAUAUCACGUUCGGAAAGGAGAAGGGUGCAAGACAGGAGAACAUCUCCGAGUUGGGCCUUAUUCUGGGUCCUGACGAUAAAGUCAAACCAAAGCGACUGCACGUCCGGUCCCCGCUCCUACUCAACGCUCUUCGAUCAGUCGUCAAAUAUUCAUCCACUUCACCUUCCGAUGAAGAUACGGAACCGUUUGUAGAUGGGAUGUUUUUAUUCCCGUUCAAGGAGCUUUAUCAUCAUCGAGAGGAGUUACUAGAGUUCCAAAAGGGAUCGAACGGUGCAAGGGCUAACCACACUCCGGAAGACAACGCUGAUUGUGACCGGCAUAUCGACAUAUUGAUCGACUAUCUAGACAACGAGCCUACUGUGCAACUAGAAUCAGUCAAAAAGCAAUGGGCACAGAAAGUGCCCGCUACGACGUUCGCAGGAUACUGGUUGCUUAUGAAGCCUGGAGCUGAUGUUUAUGUCAGAGAAUAUGGACGGUUGAAUGCCUAUGUGGUAGAUCUGGUAUACGGUGGAAUGAAGUACGAUUUACAGUCUGUCAGAGCAGAGAACUACAGGAUCCAUGUUUGGUAUCUCAUUUUCAACGGUAAGGUCAUCAAGAGAAAAUCAAAGAUCAUCGAAGUACCUGUGUUCGACGGAGAACGCGACAUAGUGUCCUUAUCUGUAUUUCCGACAUCUUUCCAUGACAAGCUAGAUGGCGGCAGACUGCGGCGUUCGCUUAUCGAGAGAGGAGAGAAAGUGUUUCGUUAUGCGAGAGGGCCCAACUUUCUGGAGUACUCUGGGCCAAGUUUGAGACAGGGUGCGAAGAAGGUACGUGUUAUGGGAUCUGUAAUGCAGUCGGUAUCUGACUUGGAACCUAAGUACAAUCGGGCUCGAGUAGUUAUCGAACAUCAGUCGCUACCCUGGACAUUACCGGAAUUUGCUGAGACAAACGUGUGGGAUCUAACCAGCGAUGAUGAUAAGGAGCAGGUCCCCAGAAGACAACAUGGCUUUCCGCCGCUACCGCCACACUUACGUCGUACUCCGUACAUGUAUCCAGAAGAAGGAGGCCCAGGAUCACGAGCCAGAGUCCCUCGGUGUGAGUGCUCUCGGUGCAAGCUUGUCGAUAGUACGAAGGGAGCCAGCAUCUCGCCUACUUUCAGCAAUUAUGAUUCCAUCGAUCCGAACCAAGCAGUAACAUUAUCCGAGCAUCAGGCGCUCGUGUGUAUGUCACACAUGUUCGGAUUUGUUCUUAAAGACCGCACAUAUGAUAUACUCGACGUGAACGGUCUGAACGAGCCAACUCUCGCGGAGAAUGCAAUUGACGAACUCGUCAUGCGCCCAGAGAGGAACAAAGAAAUGAUCAAGGCCAUUGUCAAAACAUACACUGACAGUGAUGCACAAGCAGACCUCACGGGUGUUGAUUUUAUACGUGGAAAGGGUGAAGGUCAAAUAUUUCUCUUGCAUGGACCGCCAGGCACUGGGAAAACACUUACAGCAGAAUCAGUCGCAGAGUACACGAAACGGCCAUUGCUUAGUAUAACGGCUGCUGACUUAGGGCACGAACCUAUUGAGCUAGAGCGAAACCUUCUCCGAUUCUUUAAGAAUGCGGCAGCCUGGGAUGCCAUAGUGCUACUGGAUGAAGCGGAUAUAUAUCUUGCGCGACGCUCAUCCAAGGAUCUAAGGCGAAACAGCAUUGUCUCAAUCUUCUUGCGUGCGCUCGAUUAUUUUGAGGGAAUUAUAUUCUUCACAACCAAUCGAGUUGGACACUUCGAUGAAGCUUUCAUGUCCCGGAUACAUGUGGCUGUAGGUUACGACGCGCUAGACGAUCAGGCUCGGGAACAGAUCUGGGAGUCCUUUUUCAGAAAACUCAAAGAGAACCAUAGGAAUGGAGGGCCAAAGAUUGACUACGACUACGACGCUAAGCAAUACGUACGAAAAAGCGAAGAAGUCAAAAACCUGGAGUGGAACGGACGAGAAAUUCGGAACGCCUUCCAAACAGCUGUUGCUCUUGCAAUCGCUGAAUCCAAGACAGCAAAGCAAAAGGGCCGCCCAGAGGCGGAUUGCGUGCCUCAACUUACAGAAGCGCACUUGAGUCAAGUAGUGCACAUGUCUGCAGCUUUCAAGGCGUAUAAUAAGGCAGCACAUGAGGGGUUGAAUGAUGCCGAUCUGGCAUUCAGGCUUGGAAACCGUUACGAUCAAAACGAGAGCAACGAUUAUUAG